AUUUUAUAAAUAUCUGAAUAAUUUAUUUUUUGUAGUCAUUUUGAAUGUAAAAAGAUUUUGAAAUUGUUAUUAGUGUUUGUUUUUAUUCGAUUAAUCGUGACUAUGUCUGUGUUAUUGAAAUUGAGAAACACAAUUUUAAACGCUAAAAUCAGAGUUGUAAAUCAAAUACCUUCAUCAUGUUCAAAACUCAAUUAUAGAUAUUAUGGGUACAAACCAAGUGUGUAUCAGCAUUCAGAAUAUUUUGAACAACACAAAAUACAUGAUUUUAGUCCUGUAGAAUGGAAACCAUGUCGGUUAGAUUGGAAAAAUGCCCUUACGUUUUUAAUAGGUUCAAAAAACGUUUUCGGAACGAACAAAUUCAACGAACAAAUAUCAAGAAGGAUCCGAUGAACCAACUACAAAAAGAAUAGAAAAAUGUCCAACUAGAAAUAACUCAUAAAUUUUUUUACAAGUAUCCAGAUGCAUAAAUGGCAUCUUGUACAUUGGAAUAUUUUUUAACAUACUCAAUAUAUUUUAUUAAAAAUAUUAAAAUAAUUUUUUUCUUCGAUUAUUUAAAAUAAUUGAAGGGGCAAAACAUAAUAAUUAAUCUAUAAAACACAAUAUAAAAGAUAAAG